ACACUGGGUGCAAUUAUGACAAGAAGCGGCAAGUAACCGGUGCAGGCAGAUGUGUUGAUCUCUCGAAUCCAGUAAAUUUUGAUGAAUUUCCGUAAAAUUUUACGUUUAAUUUUAUCAGUGAACAAUAGGAACGCCUUCGUACAUAUCCCACCGUCGAUUGGGUUGAAAAUUCACAUUCAAUAACCAUGGAUUCCUCCGGGGUCUUCAUUCCGGUCCAGGCACGAAUCCUGGAAAUUCUGAGCCUCCCGCCGAUGAUGCGCUGUCCGGAGCUGGGCCUGCUGAUUGACCGUGCCAGCUUGAAGGAACUACAGGAUAUCUACCCGACGUUGAUAAACUCGAUCUUUGGUCUGAACGGGGGAAGCGGAUGGGGCUUCCGGGUCAUGACCCGGGACACGCACCCGCACGACUUCGAUGUGCUGUACAACUUCUUCAUACCGAUAGGGGGGCCGAUGUUUCGGAUGUGCUAUCGGCUGCUUAAUGACUCUCUCAAAUACGAGCUUCCGAUUUCGUAUCUACCUCCUAAAAUGCAACAAGUAAUUGAAAGCGGACGAUAUUCGGCUUUCUAUAGUGACAUUAUAAACAUAGAUCCUUUUAGAAGACAAGUUGUUUCCUUAUCGCUAAAUGCAUUUGACUAUUUUAUGUUCCACUUUGCACUGCACGGCACAGUGCCCCUGCAGCUUCUCCAUCCUACGGCUCUCACUCUGGGAAACGAAAAAGCCAAAACUCUUUAUCUUAUAUUGACGGCAGAGUAUCUGUGCACCUUUUUGCCCAGCCAUCCGGAUUCGAUUGUCCUGCCGCAAAUUGUCAGUGGAACUAUCAAAGUGGCAUCCCCGGCAGCUAUUCCCGUGAUGACUCCGACAAAAUCGCCAAAAUAUCUUCUCCUGUCGGCCAUCCAUCACCACACUCCGGCAGCGUCGGCUUCGCAUCAGCGUUCGGCCAACACCAGCUCCAUUGAAGCAUCCCGAGCCCACUGUUGGCGCUCCGAGAGCGUUCUCUAUAUCUUCAUAGACUGUUGGCUCCGACUGGACGUCGACGACUCUCGCGAACUGCCUAGCAAUGAGUUCAUCCGAUGCGUUCGGAUUCUCGUCAAGCAGUUGCAUGGAUUUGGAAACAGUGCAGAACUGGACAACAGUUCGAUGGCCCUGUUGAGACAGUCGGCACAACCGUUGAUGAAUGCUCGCAUGUACGGUUUUCUGAAAUCGUUGAUGGCACGUUGGCCACUGGAUAGCUCCUUCUCGGACGUUCUGGAACUGUGGCUGAGUUACAUUCAACCAUGGCGUUAUACAUUCAAUCGAGACCUCAGUCAAAAUGUAGAUCUGCCAAUUACGCCACGCCACGAAAGUUUUAUCGCCGAAAAUCUGAUUGCUUAUACCCAGAUAUUUGUACAGCUUAUACCACGAUUCGAGAGGAUGGAUCUGACCACCCUUCGGAACGUUCUGAUGUUGUUCCGUCUGUUAAAAGUGUUCAGUCAGAGCAAUCUAAUAGACAUACUUUGUCAAAAUGAAGCCAUUAUGUCAGCCAACAAUAACGUCCCACUGAACAACUCGACGUUCAAUGUAUCAACCUCGCCGGGUAACCAUUCCGGGGCAUCGAACCGAAGUGUUGGCAACGCCAGCAGUGGAUGUGCGUUGAGUCGUUCGUUCAAUUCGAGUGGCAUAGGGACACCCAGUAGGCCUGCCACUCCGGGAAACAGAUCAACCGGGGAACCCGCAGACGAUAGCUAUGUGUUUCUAUUCGGUGAACUGUUUGCGCUAGCAAUCGAAGAGCUGUUGAAGAAAAUCUACGUAUCGAUGCUGGUGGCGAAGGAGAACUUACGCCAGCUGCAGCAGGAGAAGGAGAAUCGGUAUAAAGGGGUGCUGAAGUAUGUCCAUAAGGUGAUUGGGUACUUCGACCACGAUCCGGUUUACGCUGCCAUGCUCAGCGAUAGGCAGAAGAUUCCGGACAUUUUGGACGUUGCUCUUCAGUCGUUGGCGAGGAUUUUCCAAAUCCCUCUCACUGAGGAGCUAUUCCAAGGUGAAGCCAUGCAGAUCGAUACCUCCCCGAUAAUCGAUCCAUCCGCCAACAGCACCUGGAAUACAACGAUGGAUUCGACUCUCUCCAACCAAACGAUCCCACUUACCCCGCAGCAAAUGAAGCUGCGCAAGAACAACCUCCGCUACACGGGCGAUCCAGCUUUGCUACCAAUCACUAGCACAGAAUUUACCUUCCUGGUUCGAUUUCUACACCAACUGUCGUGUAAACUGAACCUCAUGUUUGGCGGGGAGAUGAACGACCUCUGGAAUCGCAACGACCUAUGGGGCAAACUAAGCCGCCAGAUUUUGUGCCCUCCUAUGGUUUCCCAGACGUUCGAUAAAUCCCAAGGAGUUUGUAUGUUAAAACAAGACAAUUUAGGACCGAGAAUAUGCUUGAGAGUACUUGCAUCAUACAAGUCGGCGUUUGUGAUAGUGUUCUCGUUCUUUUUGGGAUAUCUAUUCUUCAAUGCGCCGAGCUACGGCUUCAUGAUGCUUGUUUCUACAACAUUCUUCUAUUUGCUCAUAAAAUCGCUUCUUUCCGAUCUGUUUGACGUGCGAACGGACCCCAGAGUCAUCAAUAGAACAGGUUAGUUAAAUUUUCGUUUUUUUUUUGUAUUUUUAAAAAGUAUAUUUGAAUAUUUUUUACAUGUAAUAAAAAUAUUCGAGCUGAAUUGCGCUACUACCAGAAA